CAAAAUUUUUCGUAUUCAUUUUGCUCAUCAAAAUUUAAAAAAAGUAUAAAAAAACACAUAAAGAAAAGGAUUAUGUAAAGACAAAAUUUCAAUAAGCAAAAUUAUCAAAAUUCUCAGUGAACAAUGUCAGAAAAAAAAGAAAAGCCAAUCCCCAACGGGUUUAAAUUUUUAUUUGGUGGUUCAGCUGGUAUGAUGGGUACUUGCGUGGUACAGCCGUUGGAUCUGCUGAAGAAUCGAAUGCAGAUGAGCGCAGUAGGUUCAAGGGCCGAGCGAAAAACAUCCUUUGAAGUUCUCACGGGUGUAAUAAAAAACGAAGGAUUUUUGACGCUGUAUAAUGGCUUGUCAGCUGGCCUGUUAAGACAGGCGACCUACACUACAACGCGAUUAGGUAUCUACACGUACCUGUUAGAACUGACUACCGUAGACAACAAAGCACCGAAUUUCGCCUUUAAGGCCACCAUGGGUAUGUUUGCCGGCAUUUGUGGUGCUUUUGUAGGUACUCCCGCGGAAGUGGCGUUGAUUAGGAUGACGUCAGAUGGGCGUUUGCCACCAGAACAAAGAAGGAACUAUAAUAACGUGAUUGACGCCUUGAUACGAAUAAUGAGAGAGGAAGGAAUACGGACGUGGUUCAAGGGAGCUGUACCAACUAUGGGCAGAGCAAUGGUCGUUAACGCAGCCCAAUUAGCCACUUAUUCCCAGUCGAAGCAACAGUUGUUAGCCAUGAAAUUUCAAGAUGGUAUAUUUCUUCACUUUAUGGCUUCGAUGAUAUCAGGUUUAAUGACUACAAUAGCUAGUAUGCCGGUAGACAUCGUAAAAACCCGAAUUCAGAACAGCAAAACAACGGAUGGCUCCAAACCACCAGGAUUAGUGCAAGUAAUGGGCCUUAUAAUAAAGGACGAAGGUAUUUUCGCCUUGUGGAAGGGUUUUUUGCCCUACUAUUUUCGUCUAGGACCCCAUACAGUGUUGACAUUUGUAUUUUUGGAACAGCUGAACAGCGCUUACCGAAGACUUUCCGCAGAUUAAAAAUAUUAUUUCGUCGAUAAUAGUUAUGCCAAAACCAUAAAAAAUGUAAAAUAUUGUUAAGGUCAAACGUGAAAGAAGAUAAAAAUAGAAAAAAUAUUUUAUGAGUU